AUGACGUUUGGCCGCAGCUGUGACGCGUUUGGCCCCGUUUGGCGAAUGGUUGCCUGUAGCGCUGAAGGCUAAAGUUCAUUGCUGUUGGCCCGUUUGUUCCCAUAUAACGUUUGCUUUCUGUUAACGUCAUUUCAUUAAUACAUUACUGUCCCGGUGCAGCUGUAAAUGGAUCCUAGAACUAAGGAAAUUUGUACCGUACUGAAAACCUACCCCGAUUUUCCCAAGAAAGGUAUCUUAUUUUGUGAUGUAAUGCCAAUAUUUCGAAAGCCAGAUGUCUUUCGCAACUUGGUGGACCUGUUUGCUGAGCGUGUACGCAGUUCUGUGCCCAAUGUUCAAAUCAUUGCCGGCAUCGAGGCACGAGGUUUUCUCAUGGGGCCUGCUUUGGCACUGGCUCUAAAUGUGCCAUUUGUGCCCAUUCGGAAGGCUGGAAAGCUACCUGGCAAUGUGAAGUCUCAGGCUUACUCUUUGGAGUAUGGAGAGGACAAAUUGGAAAUGCAAGUCGAAAGUAUAACUUCUGGCCAGAACGUUGUUCUUAUUGAUGACCUCUUGGCCACAGGUGGGAGCAUGAAAGCUGCAGUCAAUUUAAUCCAGGCUGCAGGAGCCAGUGUAGCCAUGUGCCUUGUCAUUGUGGAAAUUGAGGAGCUUCUUGGUCGUCAAAAAUUGAAUGUCCCCAUCUUCUCCCUGAUUCCAUUUUCUGCAGUGGUGAAGAGCUAGCAAGUUGUUUUAUUCCAGCAGUGAAGAGAAUACAAAGUGCAAUUACUGAAUUCCUAGGCUGCUACUAGUUUUUUAGGGCAUUACUUUUGUUAAAUCAACUAUUCAGAGGCUGUUUGUCAAAUACAGUAAUAUACAACUGUUAAUCACACAUUGAAUUCUUGGACAAGCGUGUUUCGAUUUAUAAAGUGAAAAGGGCAUAUUAUAUGAGAUAAGCAUUCCAGAAACUUUUGAAUGCUUCCUUGAGUUGUGAAAGGGGAACAAGCGGCCACUUUCCAGAACUAUGUCACCCGUUCUCGUGGCCUGGAAGAUUAAUAAGCUUUCAGCCAUUUGGCAGACUGGGAUUGAAUGGUAGCAUUCUUAAUUUAAGUGAUACAAUAAAAGAGUUGUUUAGUAUUUUAUUAGAAUUCCUUCAACGUAGUCCUAAAUUUAAAUUCAAACAUCAAUGGUGCCCCUCCCCAUGCAUUUUUCUUCAUAACCAAUUUUUACAGUUAUAAACAGUGCGUUAUGUUAGUUGCUAUUACGACUUUUGUAAUGUACAUUUUGCUAAUAAAAACUCUAUUUUGCAAUCUUCAUGUUCUCAUGCUGAUGGAAAUUAGUAAAAUUGUUGCAGUAAUUUGAUAAUUUUGUGUUAAAAGAAUUACAUUGCAUCAAAAAUGUAAUGCCACGUUUGUGUUAAUUGCAAGCAACAGCCCUGAAGCAGUUUUCUAAAAAAUAUAGUUGAAAUAAAGUAAUGCUUAUAGGACAUCACCGUCUUUUGUACGAGGAGAGAGGAUGUAGUAGAGGAGUGUUUUUCCCUGUGAACCUUCAGGGGGGGGGGAUUUGCAGGAACUGUUCUUGAUAUGUGCAAUUGAUCAUUUAUGCAAACCACAUGCCAGACAUCUGGUAAAGAAUUUAUGAUGAACCAGCCUUAGGGCUUUGACUGUCUUCAAUUUGAUGUCAGCAACAGCAACCAUGUUUUGGCCAUGCAGCAUGACUUUUUUUAUUGCGACAGCACUUGAGAGCUCGAAAGUUGGUUUGCUGUGUCUGUAUGUCCACAUUGGCGGUGUGUAACCGGCACUGUGUUGUCCGCCACCUCCGUGCCAUAGGGCGACAAAAAAACAACUUUUUCCAUCACUAGUGAGAUUUAAACUCGUGUCCCUGGGGCAAUGUGCAGUUAGAGUUUGACAUGCUAACCAAUGCACUAUCGCACAGCCUUGGCACUUGGUAAUUUGUGCGGAGUUUUGUUCCUCACACAGACUUAGAGUGGUAGCGUCUGUGCAUGUGCUUCAAAGGCCACAAGAGGCAAAACUGUACUGAAUUGGGACAACAUGUGCAUUAGGAAGUUGUUUCGGAGCAGAUGGCGGUGUCUGCGGUGAGAACCUGCUGCUGUUGCGUAAGUAAGCUCGGAACUGGGUGUAUUGCUGAAAUCUGCUGAUGUCUGCUUUUAUUUCAGGUUUGGAGUGAUCUAUAGAGCUUGUAAAACAACUGUGGUACUUACAAAUAAGUGUGUUUAAUUUGUAAUGAAACCAACACAACCUGGUUCUCUGGGCAUGUUUUUUGUUGAAAAUGUGAAUGCAUUUCUGGGUGUCCUUGACUGAUGUGUCGGUGGUUCAAAACCUUUGUGAAAGAUUGCAGUCUGACCCACUGUAUUAGAGUAAAUAUUUCAAAAUAAAAUCUAUGACAUGUUGUUUUU